GUAUGUGUAUGUGUGUGUAUAUGGGUGAGUAGGAGUGUGUGAUUGUGUGUGUGUGUGCAUGAGAGAAUGUAAGUAUGUGUGACUGGGAGCCUGGAGCAUGCAUGUUUUUGUGUGUGAGAAUAUGUGUGAGGGGGAGUGUAUGAGUGUGUGACUGUGUGUGUUUGUGUGUGUGUAUGAGAGAACGUUAAGUACGUGUGAGGGGGAGGUGUGAAUGUAUAGUGUGGGUGCUCGCGCUUGAGUGUAAUAGCAGUCUGGUCAUGUGUGUUGGCAGGAGCCCUGGGAAGGAGAGACCCGCCCCAGGCGCAUACCUUGGUGACUCCCUGUCUGCCUCAGUAGCAGGGCUCAAGGGACCAUGGCACAGUCGGGGGCGGUCAUCCUGAACCCUGACGUUGUCCAGGGCUCCCUGGAGGAAGACAAGGGGAGGAGGUUCCCAAAGAUCAGGGAGGACCAGGGAGACCCUGGGGCAGGCCGGACUGGUGAAGCCUCAGGAACCCUUCUCAAAACACUUAAAACAAAGUCACUGGCACUGCGGGGGAAAUCCAUUCUAUUAAAACCAAGAACCCAUUUCAUACAUGCCCUGUGAAGAAGCCCAGAUCCAGGACUCCCCUGCCAGUGCAAGAGGCUCAGUGUUAGUCCCAGCCGGGGCAGAGAUGGAGAAUUUAGUCAGUCAGUUAAUUAGCAUCUAUUACCCAGAUGCCCUGUGGCAGACCAGCUGGACCUGGGCUGAGCAACGAAAGGGGAAGAAGAAGGGAACGCCAACUCAGUCCUGAGGUAGCCCUGGCCUCAGGAAGCCCCCUUCUGAAGGGGAGGCCCAGCCCUGGCCUCAGUGAGCCCCCAGUCUGUGGGGGACCCCGUAGUCUUAGGGGAAGAUAUCACCCUGGGGACAUCGUUAGUGUGUGAGGCAUGACAGCCUUUAGAGAACCCACAAUGGGAAGAGAGAAGGGGCCCAGCUCUUUGGAAAGCCCUGGGCUGAGAUGGGCCUGUGGGCCCAGUGGCCGGGCAGUAGCCAGGCCCUCAGGAGACCCUGGGGGGUUGCUGCCUCUUGGCCCCCACAGAAGGACCCAAGGGAAGCAUUGGUCCUUGCGGUCACUGCCAGAGCCGUCUUCAACCUGGAGGCUGCUUCUGGCCCACGGUGCUGAGGAGUGCAUCAAGCACCAGACAGCUCCAGCCAAGGAGCCGCUGCCCCUGGGCACAGCCCUCCCCUUCAUCCGGGUGAUGAUCUUUCCUUGGCGCUCAAGGCCUCUGGGGAGGCCCCUUCUUCACUUGACACAGGCGAGGUUGACUCACAAGCAGCUGCCUUUGGGAUCCCCGGCUGACCCCCGGGGCCAACACCCUGCUGUGAAGGAUGCAGUGCAGCUGGUGCAUGAUCCAGAGGAGCGAGGCCUCCUGGACGUCAUCGUCCUCUCCAACAACAGCCCAGAGGCUGGCAGCAGAAUCGUUCACUGCGCCAGGCAGGCAGGGUAUGAACAGAAGCCCCAGAUGACGGCAUUUCAGAGGUGGACAGGACCGCAGCUACCGAGCUAGGCCGUAAGGGAAGAGGAAACUCUACCCUAAGCCAGGCCACUGGGAGCUCUCCAGCCCUCCUUGCUAACGUCUUGCAGUGGUGGGUGAAGGGGCAGCCCGGGCCAGCGGGGCUCUGCAGCUCAGCCAAUCACCACUGGCCAGGCGCUGGACUGAGUCCUGGGGAUAGCCACCAGGCUUCUGCCCUCGGGGAGCCCACAUUCCAGUGGAGGAGAGAGUGCACUAGUCUUCUAUGAUGUCCUAGGAGAUCCCGCUGGCUGGCGGCCUGGCGUAGCCUAAGGACUCUUCCCAGAAUACUGCAAGUCCUUAAGACAAAGGCAGAGGAAUCCCGAGGAAACCAACUCCAUGGAAACAUAGGAGGAUUUGUUUUAAGUUCCUUGGUCCCAGAACAACCCUUGCCUCACAGGGAAAGGUGCAGAAUAAGGGCUCUCACCCAAGUGGUGUUUGAGUGAGUCCUUACUGAAGGAGGCUGGCAAUUCUCUGAGGGGCCGAGGAAAAGGAUGGCAUUCCAGGCAGGGGGAAUUGCCAGUGCAAAGGUUGAAACCAGAAAUGCUGACGGACAGCUCUAAUUGUUAGGAAAAUGUUCUUGGCGUCCAGCUUAAAUCUUGGCAGCUCCCCCUCCCCCCAAUUCCUCUUUUUUCUGUCCCCUGGUGCCCAGCGGCCCCCAAAUGAUGUUCUCGUGUCCUCAGGCUUGGGCCCCACCUGCUAUUUCCUCACAGCAGCCCUGGGAGCCCCUGGGCAGGUAUCACCACACCCAAGUUACAGAUGACGAAACUGAGGCCCCUCCAUCCCCCACUGGGACUUGGGACUUGGACCAGUCAGAGGUCAGGUGCUGUGCCGCAGGCCCCAGCCUUCCUCAGCGACUCAGGGGAAGCCAUCAAACCCUCUGCACCUGGGAUAGAGGGAGGGUGAGCCAGGCAGCCCCCAGCCUCGGCAGGCGCCCAAGCUGGGAGGCCACUGGAGGCUGAAAUGGGGCAGAGGCCAGAGAAUUGAGGGGCACCCUGGAGAGGCGGGUGGCCCUGACCACCUCAGCCCGGGUUGCCCAGCCCAAGCCCUCUGCGGUCAGUUGACUGAUCUGCUCUCUCCUGAGGUCGGCCUUCCCACGCUCCCUCAGCGAGAAUAGGAGGCAGCCAGGGGUGGGAAGGGCAUCUAACUCGGGUUAAGACUGCUGGCCUUCGGGCUAAGUUUUGCCAACCAUUAAAAACUUGCAGGAUAGAUGGAGUGUCCUUGGGAAGGCCCAUAUGAUCCUCUCCUUUACUUUACAGAAAAGGAAACUGAGUCCUGGAGAGAGGGAGGGCUUGCCCGGGGUCAGUCACAUCUUGACCCCCAGGCCCUGGAGAAGGAGCAGACACCCACCUCCUGCUGGCUAAACCAGGGUCAUCUGGGAGACAAGUCCCUGCCCUGCCUGGGUGGGGGCCCACUUGCCCUCAAAAAUAGCCUCCUGAGUCACCCCUCCUCUCCCCCCAGGUCUGGAGAUCUCCAAAUUCUGCUUUGUCAGCAAGAAGGACUCCACCCAGUACCUCUGAGACCACAAUGUGGGGCUAUUUCUGUCCGCAGACAAGACUGAUGUCUGCAAUGCCCUGAGGAGGGGGGUGCCGGCUGCCCUCCUUUUCCGGCAGGAGGUCUAGGCCCCCAGCACCCAGCUUCGCUUGGCCUUUGACCGCGAUGCCGUGCUCUUC